AUGGCUGAGUCUGGGCGGUGCGCGCCUGUGUCUCUCCUCUCCCGCGGAGACUGGAGGCGGCUGUUGCUGCUCUUUGCGCAUCUCUCAAACUGCUUUCCGCCAUCUUCCUUCAAGGUUUCAACUGGCCUUUCUCGUGCGCGUGGCGGCGCCCGCGACAGAAGCCGUUUCGCCCUUCUCCCUUCGUUUCCUUCUACUCUCUCUGCCACAGCUCGCUCUCGCAGACGCAGAGAACGACGGUGUGCGCCUCCCUGCCCUCACUCGCCUUUCUGUCUAUUUUCCUCCCUCCCUCUGUCGCAUUCUUCCGUCUCGCAUCGCUGCUAUCCGUCGACUUCUUCAGCUCUACUUUCGCCCUCCUGCGCGUCGGCUCGUUCGCCGCAUGCUCCUCGGCCGGCUGCUGGGGACCUUCAGACCCUGUUCAACUCUCCCUGCCCGUCUGCGCUGAGGCCGUUCGACUGCCAGUUUCCCUCUUCUUCUUCGUUUCCUGAGGCCGCGGCAGUUCCGCGCUUCGCUGCGCUCUCGCCCUUUUCUUCUUCUUCUCUGUCUGCCUCGCCCCGAUGCGUGAGCUACGCCGGGGCUACACCGCCUUCCUCGUCUUCCUCCGCCCUCAGUCCCCCACAUCCUUUUCCGUUCUCUUCUUUGUCUCACCCGUCAGCUGGAGUUGCGCGCUGCUCGAGUCGAGCGGCGCUCCUUAGGUUUGCGGCACAGUCUUCGCUUCGGCUCGCGUCUCUUCGUUCUUCUGUCUCAUGGGGCCCGAGUAUUUCCUCUUCUCUCUGUGGGCUUUCUUCGUCUCGCGUCGCGCCUCUGUGUCGGUCGUGGCUUUCGCCUCGGCCCGCAACUUCUCUCCCUCCACAGAGGGACGCACGCGAUUCACAGCCGGAUGUCGAUAGAGAUUUUUCCCGCUCUCUGUCGGCUUCUGCUUGCCGCCUUGCCUGGCGAACCGCUCCCUCGUCUCGUUCCUCUGCUGCCUCUUCGCGGCCUUUCUCCUCCUCGCCCGCUGCGCCUCUCCCCCCCGCUGCGUCGUUGUCUGAGUCUCCCGUGGUCGCGCGCUGCUCCCCGUCUACAGCCCCCGCGUCGUCGUCAUUUCCGUGCGUCUCUUCGUUCUUCGCCGUUCCCUCGCAGGCUGCGCUGGCGUUUCUGCAGGGCGUGCCGCCGCUUCGCGGAGGUCGCCGGGGAGGGCAAGAGGGCCGGAGCGCAGCCGACUCGCGGAGAGAAGAAAACGGGUGCGAGUGUGGCGACGCCGGCGCGGGUGAGUGGCAGCAGGCGCGAGGCGCCGCGACGGUCUCUGAGACCGCCACUGGGAGUGGAGAACGCUCCCAUUGCAGGCCGAGCGCCGCCGGCGGGGCUGCAGAGAGCGAACCUGGUCGCCGGCUGUCCAGCGCUGAGGCGACUGGCAGGAGGAAGAAAGAAGUCCGCGACGACGCCCGCGCGAACCAGAGGGAGGCGGCGACGAAGUCUUGUGCAGAAGAGGCGAGGGGCGUAGUUAAGACGCACCCACGGCGGCACGCAGGGGGCGGGCGCGACGAGGCCGCGAGCAGAGGCCAGAAGGGGCGGCAGCAGAUCGAAGGAGAUGCGCCGGCGAGCGCGAAGAAUCGCAAAGCGACCAAAAAGAAGUCUCCUGGCGCCGCAUCGGGGGAAGAGGCCGCAGGCGCCUCUCCGAGUGCGGGAGCGGCAAAGAUGAAGAAAGAGAACAGAGAGGACGCCGCUGCGUCUGACCUCCGGCAGAGGAAGGCUGAGGCACUCUGGCGACGCAUUCUCGCCACCGCGGAUCCCGUCCAACGCAGCGAGCUCCUUCAGGCGUUUCCGCCCCCCGCCGUCCUCACUUCGGCCGCUCAGAAGCGAAACAUGCUCCUCCAGGUCUCGCCUCAGUCCCCUGCGUCGCGUGCGUCGUCCUCUGCCGUGUCAAAGUCCGCGAUACUGCGCAUCCCGGCGACGACAUUUCGCGCGCUGAGCCUCACGGCGAGUCAACAUCUGCAUGCGUCGACUGAGGCGCUGAGUCACCUCGCGAACACUUUCGCAGUCUGCGGGCCUCGCAGCCUGCGCCGCGAGGGCGAGCGGGGAGAGGACGCCUCACGAAGCGACGCGACAGAACGCGAUGAGGAGAGGAAAGAGGAAGAAACGGAGGAAGCGAAUCUUCUCGCCUUUGUCAAACGCGGUCUCCUCGCAGAGGCUCACGACUUGAGCGUCCGGCUGAGCUCGAGUCUUCUCCACGCGCGAUGGCUGGACGGUGCGGAGGGCGACUUGGAGGAUUUCGACCUCUUGAAGCGCGAGGGCAAGCUGGUGCACUACUCGUACAACCCGUGGACAGCUUCGCGCGAGAGCUACUUUCUGCUCUUCCUCGUAGAUACGGCGACGGAAGACCUCAGAAAGCGCGCGCGAGACCUCCACGGCGACCGCUUUGACUACUCGCAGCUGCGGGCGUUGGGCCUGUCUCCUUUUACCUCUCCGCUGGCUCAUGGCGGAGGCGCUGCACCGCCAUCGUUGGGUCCUCUGCCGUUCCCCGCCCUCGCCCAGCGCGCUGAGGAGACGCAGAGCACGGAAGCCGCGGAGCAGGGCGAGGCGCUGCACUCUCUGAUAUGCCGCGGAUGCUCACAUGCCUUCGCCGUCGAGGCGACGCGUUUAGUCAACCCGCACUCGCCGCUGAGCUGCCCCCGGUGUGGCGCAACUUCCACCGCUUCGCGCGCGGCUUCGCUCGGCGGGCGGGAGACGGGGCGCCCUGGGGCACACGGAGACGCGCGCGACCGCCGCCGAGGGCUCCAGGUCGAGGAGACACCUUCGGGGACGGAGACUGCGGGGCCCGUGGAGACUGUGGGGUCGGAGAGGCCGGCGGGAGAAGGCGAGGCAGGAGAGACGAGGGGACUGAGUGAAGGAGAAGCGAAAAGGGAGAGAGGAAGGAAGCAGCGACAAGACGGCGAGCGGCUGUGGAAGAGCUUCGUCGGGUGGCGGAAGGACGUGCACCGCGCCACGCUUGACGGAUUCGAGGGAGGGAGCGCGGGGCCGCCGGCGCUUCUCCUAGAUCGCAUUUGGCUCGGUCGCAGACUCCGGUCGCAUGCGAGCGGAUCGGCUACGACAACCGCGGUCUCGCUCUCGCCUCUCUUUGCCUCCGCCGAGCUCCUCAUCUCGCUCUCAGACCCACGUGUACCACAUGGGAAAGUCGGCUUAUUCAAACGGCAGGCCUUCCCUCGAGCCGCAGCCCGCGACGCAGAACGGAACUGCAACGCCGAGCGAAGCUGCGACGCUUCUAGCGCGAGCCUAGAGCUGCUCGAGGCCGAGAGGAGAGGCGAGGCGCGCACCGGCGAGAGCGGGGACGCGGAGGAAGCGAGUUUCCUCCCGCUGUUGGAGGCGCCGCGCUGCUGGGUCGUUCCGCUCGCUGGCGUCGUGCCCUCGCUCACGGAGGAGUCGAUGCGCGUCCUCACGGGGCUCCCGCAGGCCCUCGAGGAGGCGAGAGAGGAGCAGAGGCGGCUGCGAGCAGACGCCCGCAAAGACGCGGGGGACAAGACAGGCGGCGCGGAGCGCAGCUCAGCGCGACGCAGAGUUCAGAGCUUGCUGGACGCGUCGCAGCCAGGCAACUACGCGCUGCGUCUCGGCUGUCAGCCCUUCCUCUCGUCCUUGGCCUCCCUCGAGCCUGCAGCCCUGGGCGGCGCUCCGCCGCACGCCUCUCCCGUCCUGACCCUCCCUGAGGCCGCCAGCGGGGCGGCGAAGGGGGCCCCGGGCGCUCACACAGGCGCCGCAGAAGAGCCAGGAGGAGACGCAGGCGAGCCUGUUUCAGGAGCGUCUGCAGAGGGGGGGCGGAGCGCCUCCACGUCUCGCGGACGCGCGUCGCCUCCGCUGCAAGGUGACCUGCCUUCAUCGAUUUUCCCGUUCCUCACCGAGAGUCAGCGAAGCGUGGUCCGCUCGGUGCUGAAGUCUUCCUCGCCGAUCAUUCUGGUUCAAGGCAAGUGUAGGCGCCUGAAGAUCCUGGUUCCAGCACGUGGAUGGCUGCUGGAGGGUUCCGCGGCCUCGACCGCGCAGGGCGACCCUACCGGAGAUGCUGUCCAGGCGCCCAUACUCGAGAAAAUACGUUUUUUCUACUUGCGGGAUUUGUGUGGCUUUGAGGUUUCAGGGCGAUUUUCCGUCUUUCCAGGGCCUCCAGGGACGGGCAAGACGCUGGUCGCCGCAUGCAUCCUGAGUCUGUGGGCGACAGGCCUCGACGGCGAAGCAGCUUCGCCGAUUUUUGCAGGCGCCGGAACCCACGCAGCAGUCGACGCGCUGCGAACAAAGUUGAGCAGACUCGGCAUACGGUCGAACGCAGUCGGGACGCUGGAGAAGAAGGGAGCCUACGCGCCGGCGUCUCAUGAUAUGUUUCCAAUCUUUCCGCCGGAGACUCCUCGGCAAGAAAACCACUGCGAUCGGCCGGCGUAUCGCCAGCGCGUGCCGGUCUUCACCGACACAGUUUACCAGGGUAGGAACCUCCGUUCGAUAUCUCCGCGCCGCAUUCUCAUCGAUGAAGCCUCCCAAAUCACCGAAUUUCGCAGUUUAAUAGCGCUUGCGCACACAAAGUGCACCAAGCUCGUGCUCGUGGGCGACCCUGCGCAGAUAUCCGGUCAGAGCGUCGUCGCGGGUCCCGUCGCAGUUCGGUCGGCGUUCGAGAGUUUCCUCACGCAGAGUACCCUCCCGCACUUUUUUCUGCUGGACGUCCAGUUCCGGAUGCCGGACAGCAUGUGCGAGUUGAUUUCUUCGCUCUUCUACGGCGGCCUGCUGAAGAGUCACUCGUCGGUCCUCGCGCGCGCCACAGAGCUCGCGCCGUCGAUUCCAUGGCCAAGGCGCCUCGCCCAGUCAGGCGUCGCCGCCGCCCCUUCCUCCCCCUCCGCCGGCUCGGCUGCGGACGCGGGGGAGGCCGCGUCGCACGCCGAGGCACCUCUGCUGGUGCUUGACACUGCGCCUGACCGAGUGCUUGCCGCGGGCACGGGCGGCUUCUCCUUCGCGUCGCUCCUGGAGCAGCUGAGCUGCGAGCGCCAGUGGGAUCUCCGCGACAUUAUCGCGCGCGACGAGUGCGACGUGCUGCAGCUGCUCAAAGCAGACCAGAGAGGCUCCGCGUGGCGGGAGCAGAGAAACGUGCCGAACGCUCCCGCAGCGACCCGCCAGGAAGAGUCCGCUUCCUGCUCCCCCCCCUCGCUGCGCAACGAAGGCAGCGUCUGGCUUUCCUACUACAAUGCCGCGGAAGCCUUGCUCACCGUCCGCUGUGCGUUGCUGCUUCUCCGCGACGGCGUGCGCCCAGGAUCCAUUGGCAUCAUCAGCCCGUACCUGGGGCAGCUUGCCUUGCUCGAGCGCAUGCUCGGGAAGAAGGCUCAUAGGCGCGUCAGCCGGCAAGAGAAAUCGCUCGAGGGUCAUCGACUGGUGCGCGGACCAGCGCCAGAGGACAAGAUUCUGCUCUCGACAGUCGAUUCCUUCCAGGGCGGCGAGAAGGACUACAUCAUCUUCACCUGCGUGCGCUGCAACCGCGAGGGCGUAGUCGGUUUUCUCGCUGACUGGCGGAGGCUGAACGUCGCUUUCUCGCGCGCUCGCAGAGGCCUCAUCGUCAUCGGCAACUCCGUCACGCUGCGGCAGGAACCGACGUUCAACGCGCUCUUUAACUUUGCGCGGAAGUUGCAGGCUGUGGUCUCAGUCAACGACCCUUCUCUCAGGGAGAUUACGGAAGGCGUAUGGCCGCCGCCGUCGUGUCUCUAG